AUAGCCCGUUCAAAUGCAAUGAAUAUAAUUAUUUUGAUAUCCCAGUUCAUUCUUUCUUUGUCUUUCCAUCUCUAUAUUAUGGAGCAUAUGCUAACUUGUUUAAAACUCUAUUACAAUUCCUAAGUACCAAGCAUGAGAGAGGAAAACAUAAUGUGAUUUAUUUAACGUCAAUUUAUUCUUCCUUUCCCUUCCCAUCACAACAAAGAGCAUAUGCCAAUGCAGAGCAGGAUAAUCUGUGGGACUUGCUGACACAAGCUGCUCAUCAGGACUUCACACUUACCAAGUACAUCACCGUCAAGAUUGCCAUGGAAACAUGGACACUACAGAUGGGCUAUCCUGUGAUCAAAGUCAUCAGAAGUGCCGAUGGAACGUCGGCCACAGUCACACAGGAGCGGUUCCUGUUGAGGAAAGACGCCAAGUCCACUGACGCUCAAGUCUACAGGUGGUGGGUGCCACUCUCCUACACCACACAGGCCACUGCUGACUUCAGCAAGACAGCACCCUCCAGGUGGCUCUCAAAGACUGACUCUAAGAUCACGAUCCGGUCCCUCCCAGAUAGCAGGCAGUGGGUGAUAUUCAAUGUACAGGAGACUGGCUACUACAGAGUCAACUACGACGACAACAACUGGGAGCUGCUGAUCAAGCAGCUCAAAGCCGAUCACACCAAGAUCCACGUCAACAACCGCGCGCAGCUCAUAGAUGACGCACUCAACUUGGCACGAGCGGGUCAGUUAUCAUAUUCCUUGUCAAUGAACCUGAUUGCAUACCUAAAGAAGGAAACCUCAUACGUACCAUGGGCUACUGCUCUGGACAACUUGGCGUACAUUCAUAAACUUUUCUCCCAUAAUGGAGCUUAUGGAGCUCUGAAGGUGAAUGGAGCACUAUUUCACUGCAUUAUUUGAAAAUCAGAUUCGAAGUCAAACACGAAUAAUUCAUGAGUUCAGAAUUCACAUCAUACACCAUCUCAGCAUGGUCACAGCAAACAUUC